CAAAGCAAAUUUUUUUCAGUGUUGUUGUGAAAAUUUAACGAAAAUUGUGAAAAUCAAGUAAAAUCAAUAAAAUUAAAAUAAAAUAUUUUCCCUCAAUAAAAAAAGAGCUGCAAAGCUAUGGUAAAAAUACUUUUCGUUCAUCCGGACUUGGGGAUCGGCGGUGCAGAGCGCCUUGUGGUCGACGCUGCCCUCGCACUCCAAAACAAAGGUCACACCGUACGAAUGCUCACAAAUCACCACGACCCGAACCACUGUUUCGAGGAAACAAAAGACGGAACGUUGGACGUCAUGACAGUUGGCGACUUUUUGCCACGUAAUAUUUUCGGGAAAUUCUACGCUGUUUGCGCGUACUUCCGCAUGGUCUACGCCGCCUUCUACUACGUCUUCUGCAUGUCGAAACACGAGCAAUACGAUCUCAUUUUCAUCGAUUUAAUUUCGUUGGGCAUCCCGAUUUUCCGUUUGGCGCAACACAACCCAAAAAUACUCUUUUACUGCCACUUUCCGGAUCAACUUUUGGCCAAGCCUGGUGGCAGUUUGAAGCAACUUUAUCGCUGGCCCUUGAAUUACUUGGAGGAAAAGACCACGGGACAAGCGGAUGGCGUCUUGGUGAACAGCAAAUUCACAAGUCGCGUGUUUAAGGAAACUUUCAAGACGCUGGAUGUCAUUCCGGAGGUGCUGUAUCCGUCAUUGAACACGGAAUAUUUUGACAAUACCGAGACGCAAGACAGCGACACGCCAAUUAACAUCCCGAACGAUGCUUUUGUGUUCUUUUCCAUCAACCGGUAUGAGCGGAAGAAGAAUUUGGGACUUGCGUUGUAUGCGUUUAAGCAACUCGAAGCAUAUCUCACGAAAGCGGAAUGGGAAAAAGUUUAUCUCAUCGUUGCGGGCGGAUAUGACACACGUGUCCUCGAAAACGUCGAGCAUUACGAAGAACUCGAAUAUUUGUGCGAAGAGUUGUCGCUCAGCUCCAAAGUGACAUUCCUCCUUUCUCCCAGUGAUCGUGAGAAAUUAUGGCUUCUUAAACGGUCCCAAGUCCUCAUCUACACGCCAUCAAACGAGCACUUUGGUAUUGUUCCACUCGAGGGCAUGUACAUGCACAAACCCGUAAUUGCCGUCAACUCGGGCGGACCCACAGAGACGAUCAUCGACGAGCAAACCGGAUAUUUGUGUGACGCCAAUGCCAAAGAAUUCGCCAAAGCGAUGCUCAAACUCGUUCGCAGUACAAAACUGCUGGAACGCAUGGGCGACAUGGGUCACAAACGUGUCCAACAAAGAUUCUCCUUUGAAGCGUUUAGCGAAAAACUCGACAGCAUCGUGAAGAAUUUGGCCCAAAACACGCGCAAAGACAAAUAACAGUUACAGAAACACGACGACAUGAAGCGUCGUGAAAACAUGAAGAAAUAUUCCAUUUUGAUUGGCGUGUGUCUCAUGCAACUUCUAGCGGCACGGUCACUCAGAUAAAAAGUGGGACAAAAAUCUCCCGAAAAUUGUACAAAAAAGUGUGAUGUUUGUAAAAAUUGAUGUAUUUUAGUGAACCAAAAAAAAAUUGAGUUGUUGUUGUUGCAUUUAAUCUUCAUUUUUAAUAUUUAUUAACAACUUUUAAUUUGUAGAAAAUUCUUCAUGCGCCUUUUAUAACAAAAAUUUGUUACUCUUAUCAAUCACUAUUUACUACUACUUAACAAUAAUAAAUUAAUCAAAAGUUACAUGCAAGUACGUAAACC